CGUAAGAAGUGAUAGAGCAAAAAUACUAAUGAACUUGUGUGUGGCUUUAAUUUUGUCGUAUGGCCUGUUCUUAGCUGGUGUUACAAGAACUGGGAAUAAGGAUGUUUGUACAGGAAUCGCGGUUGGACUACACUACAUAUUUUUGGUAGAUUUUGCCUUGAUGUUAGGGGAAGGAAUUCAAGUAGCAAAUAAUGGUUGUUAUUAUUUUUCGUACAAAAUCAAUAAUUCAGUGGUUGAUUCCUUCAUGUUGGAUUAUUCCCGCUGUGAUCGUAAGCAUUUCUGCAGGGGUAACCAAGUUAGAAGGAUAUGGCAAUGACAGAUACUGUUGGCUUUCCCUAGAAUCCAAACUCAUCUGGGCUUUUAUAGGACCUGCUAUAUCGGUAGUUGUGGCAAACUUUGUUAUACUAGUCAUCAUGCUACAUAGGAUAUUGACAGUAAGGGGUCUGCCGACCAAAACAUUGAAAGAAAAAUCGAAGGCGGGAAUAAAAAGUAUCUGCGUUAUUUUACCACUGUUUGGUGUAACAUGGGUCCUUGGUGUGUUUUCUGUAAACGAAGACUUAGUUGUUUUUCAAUACCUUUUUGCUAUACUUAACUCAUUACAGGGUUUUUUCGUGUGUUUAUUCCAUUGCGUUCUGAAUAAACAGGUCAAGCAAGGAUACCAGCAUUAUCAAAGACGGCGAAGAGCAAGUCGAAUGGAUUCGAAAUCAUUCACACAAUCUAGUACCUUUGAUAAUCAAACAAAACAUGUACAACAACGAUAUAGUAACGAUCCAAUUUCUAAGCGGAAGACAUCCAAUGAUGAAGGAAAUGAUUUAAAUCAAAGAAGGCAUCAAAACAAUACUCCGUAUUUUGAUUCAAUAUUUGACAAUCUUGCUUAUUCGCCUUCGAAUACUUAAACUCCUAAAAUUAUAAAUGUGAGUUCAAACAAUUAGGAAAAAGUAAAAUCACAAAAAUACUGAACUCAGAGGAAAAUCAAUUUGGAAAGUCCAGAGUCACAUGGCAAAAUCAAAAAACAAAACGCAUCAAAAACGAAUGGACAAGAACUGUCAUAUUACUGACUUGGUACAGGCAUUUUCAAAUGUAGAAAAUGGUGGAUUUAACCUGGUUCUAUAGCGCUAACCCUCUCACUUUAAUAACAGUAGUUGCUAGCAUUAGUGUAAAAGACGUUAAUAGCAUAUGUUAUUUUCAGAGAUUAAGUUUGGAAAUAAGAAGUUUAUGCGAUGAACAUCUUCAUUUUUAUAUACUAGUAGAUGCUGAUGUCUUUUUAGUUUUACGAUUUCCGUUUGAGAAUAGCAAAAAUACACGUUCUACAUGUUGUAAUUAUUGAUACAUUUAUUUUUUACCAAUAAAGUAUUAGUUGGUACACAAAAAGU